AGACCGGAGUUCGCUGUCCAGUGUGGGCAGUGCCAGGAAGAAACCAUGCAGCUCCACAAUCAGCUCCAGGUCCCCUGUAAAUGGUUCAUCACCAUGAAUGAGCCUGUUAAGAAGGUGGACAAACCUUUGCCAGUGAGGGUGCAUCAGAAGCUGCUGCAGGAGUUCAAGGCCAAGCCCUGUGUUUUCAAGGUGCUGCCCUCGGCUGGAGCCCUGGCCCCAGGACAGCGCUGCAACAUUCGAGUCAGGCUUUCCCCCCCAGAAGAGAAGUCCUACAGAAGCAAGCUGAAGAUUAACAUUUGCUAG